AUGUCAGGUAGAGACUGGAAUAACCUUUUUUGUGAUAUCAAAACUUAUUGGAAUACAGAGGCAAUUAGGCAUUGGAGAGAGAAAGCGCUUAAGCAAUUCAUAUUUAACCUGCCCAAUGUGAAAAAUCCGAUGCCAUUAUUCCAUGCAUUCAUACAAUCUGAUAUUUUUUAUCUUUCUCAAAUUAUAAGUCUGGUUGAAAUACCACCUCUUGCCUGUGAACUUCGUUGUGCAAUAUGGCUGAAGUGGUAUACUAUUACCAGCUCGAAAGAAUUUGCUAGGCCACGUAUUGUAUGA